CCCUAGGAGAUUUCAGAUUCAGGGAAGUUUCUUGUGGGGAGCACUGGGCUAAAAUUUGACGAAAUUGCGUCGGAAAAAAAUGGGAUGUAUACGGAGUAAUAGGGAGUAGGAAGCGCAGCCCAUGAACCGAAUCCCUGCGCUACGCAAGUAUUCCAUGGUCUGGGGUGGGUUAUCUCCAAUCCCCUCUGAUCGCUCAUAGUGGUAGAUCCUCGUCCUUGUAUAUGAUGUUCAGACUUCUAACUCUGUCCUACUUUUAAAAGGCUCAUAGGACUGAUGUGUUCAUGUCAUAUUUGCAGAAAUAAGAUAGUAUAUCCUAGCAAUAAUUGUUUGUCAGUCUUCUUUUCUUGUGGCAUGAUGCAGUACACGAUGUGUGUCUUUACCUUAUACGGAGUAUGUCUUCUUUUUCCUGCUAAUGUAGUUUAUGUCAGGUAUGAUGGAUAUAAGGGGUUAUACUAGAGAUGAAAUUCCCCUAAUAACGAUGCAAUAUGCAGUGUGUCAGUCAACAUAGAUUUCCGCUUCAAAUUUCAUUAAGAAAUAAUCACUGAUGUUAGACAAACAUUGGUUUACUAAUUGUUUUCCAGUUGUAUGUUUACACAGCCAACCACUGCUUGGUUUGAACUUUGAAAUGGCCAUGUUACCUCCAGCAGUCAAAAAAUGUGAUCAAAGCAUUGGGUUUUCAUGGCGCAACUGAGGAUGGUGAACAAGCCAGCUCGAGGCCAUGUGGUAGUACAUUGUAGCUCAUAAUUAGCCUGACUAGUAUGCACAUGCAUAAUUAUUGUAUAUACAAGAAAUAGACAUAGUUAAGUCACUUAAUCAAAUGAUAUCAACAGUUCGGAUCUUUGCAGUAGAGACAGUGCGCCAUAGUCCCUAAUAUUUUAUUUGAUUCAGAUCAUAUUCAACUAUACUGAUCCCUUUGUGAUGGAUCUUGUCUCUGGCAGAUGAAACUUGCCAGCAAUAUGAGUGUUGAACACGUUUAUGGAGGUUGAGCAUUGAACUCUUUUAUGGAGGCCAUCUUUACCUAUUGCUAACAGCUUGUCAAUUUGUUGGAAAUGUUUCCCUCAGGAAUCGAACUCGUUCUGUAGCCUAGAAUGACGAAUUAGCAAUGUUAAGUAUUAAUAAUUGUUGUCUUAUCCCGUAAUAUUAAGCGAGAAGCUGGAAAUUUAUCACCUUGAACAUGUGCUUUUAUUGAUCCGUGACCUUCUAUGUCCCAUGUAAAGAUCCAUGAACUCAUGAACUUAUUCUCUUAUUUCACAAGAGAGAAGAAAAAGGCAUUUUGAAUAGUUUCUGCAAGACAUGUAUGCUCUAAUUUUAAUUGAGACUGAAAAUGUAUCCAUCCACUGAGCUUGUAUAUUAAAAGAAAAGGCCAAGGCAAUUGUUAAGAAUUGCAACGCAUGUGUGGUGGUUUGUGUUGCAGAUAGCAGGACAUGCCAACAAUGUUGCACGAGGGUUGAGAACAGGUGCAACUACAAGAUACUGAAACAAAAAUGGUACUAGUUGAUUGUUGGAAGGCAGUUUAUGGUGUGGCAGAUAACAGAUGGAUGCCGGUAAUACCUUAUAAGGAUUGAGAUGCAGGUGCAACUGUCAGUAGUUGAGGAUCAGAUAACAGCUGUUUGAAGCCAACUGCUUGAGACAACACAUGCUGUUAGGGUCAGUUAUUGGUGUUUGCUGCACUGAACUGAACUGAGCCGGUGAUUAUGCUGCAGCAUGGGGGUUUCUCCAUUAUUGAGAUUUGAGAAUAGAGGGAGGAUGGUGGCUGGGGUGACUUGCCAGUUGCCACUUGCAUCACACUUCCUGACUAUAUAUAGAGUGCAUCACAAGGGCUGAGCACAAACAAAACAGAGCCUCCUUUCUCUUCCAUUCCAUACAGAAAAACAGAAGUACCACAUCACACCAUCCACUACAGAUAUGGCUUGCCAUCAAAGGUCCACGAGUUUGCCUUCUUUUCCCUACUCCACUGAACUCAAUGUGGAGCAGGAGCUGCAGACCCUGAAAGUGCACAUCUCUUCACCUUCCGCAACCAUCAGCACUGCGUGCGAUGGCUUGAGGAGGCUUGGAGAUGUCUACAGCUGCAUAGAGGAGAUGAUGUGCUUGCCCAGCAACCAAGCCUUGACAGGUCAAAGGAAGAAGAUGGUGGAGGAAGAACUGGAGAAGUCCCUUGUGCUGAUUGAUCUCUGCAACACCAUGCAAGAGAGCUUGGCAGAGCUGAAGACAAGCGUCCAGGAGCUGCGUCUCGUUCUCAAGAGGAGAGACAAUGCGGCAGCUCAGCUUAAGAUCGAAUCGUUUGUUCGUCUGGUGAAGAAGGCACAUAAGCCUUUGAAGAAGACGACCGGCAAAGCUACUGCUGAAGGUUGCAGUUGCAGAGUGGUCAAGCUGCUGGCUGAAGGCCGAGAAACAGCUGUGUCUCUGCUUGAAUCCACAUGGCUGCUCUUGCCGAAGCAAAUUGGCAGCCCCAUUGCCAGCAAAUGGUCUCUCGUCUCCAAGAAGUUCCAAAAAACGAAGGUUAUUUGUGAGGAGCAGCAAUUGCAGGCGCUUGAACACAGCAUAGGAGAUCUUGAAGAUGGGGUUGAGUUUCUUUUCAGGAAGUUGAUUCAAAGCAGGGUUGCUGCUCUGAAUAUUCUUAGCUCAUAAAUACUUGUGAUGAUACACAAGUCACCAAUUUGAUUGUGUACGAGCUCAAAUGUAUAUAAAAUCGAUUGAUCGGAGACAGUUUUGAUCAUAUAUGUUUGUUGUAUCAUAUCAGUACAUCAUGCAACAAAGGAUGAUCCUGGAAUCUUAUCUCCGU